AUGGUUUCAAAGAGUUGCAUUAAUACUAUUACGAUGGGGCGGUUGAUCGUGUUGCUCAUUUGCUUCAUUGUUCAUUCGAGAGCAAAUUUUGAUUUUGAAAAUAGAGUUUGGCUGUUAAUGAGUGCAAUUCAUGCUGAUGAAGACAUGAUACCAAAAUGUAAAUCAGAUAUUGAAAUUAAUUUGGCUCAUAAACGAUUAAUUAUUCACAAUAAUACUACACUUUGUGGUCAUUCAGAACUUUAUAGUUAUCAACAUCUGAUGAAUAAUAUGACUUUGGCAACAGAAAUAUGCUGGCAGCUUAAUUUUAAAUAUGGUAUGAUCGAACAUUUUGGAUUAAAUUAUAGUAAAGUUUAUUGUGUAUGGCCAAAUACAUUUUUCGAGAAUAACUCUUGUAUCAACGCUGUAAAUGCUAAUUUUACAUCGAAAUUGCAAAUAGAUGUAGAUAAUUGUACCGAAGCUGAGAUACUUGCUAAACUCGAUUCUGAAUCUCAGUCAGUAACAACUGAAUCGGUUCGAGAAUUAUUUCAACAAAGUAAAAUUAUUUAA